CUGGCUCAAAUGUCAGUUUGUACCAUUCUAAACCUGAUGUCUCUGUGAGGACGAAAGCCUUAUCACCACCUGCCUAUGUUAACUACGGUGUAGGAGUGGAGAGAAACUUUGUUAUAGAUGAAUCCAUGCGUCCACGUUGUGUAGUUGGUGAUGACGCCGGCUGGUAGUGACCCGUUGGCAGCACUCGAAAUGACACAGUUUCUGAACAGUUUCUAGGGUGAUGCCGGUGAUAUUUGUGAUCUUUAACCUACAAUAUGGCAUCACUUAUCAAGAACCAGAUCUUAAAACAUUUGUCUAAAUUUACCAAGAAUCUGUCUCCAGAUAAGAUCAAUCUGAGCACAUUGAAAGGUGAGGGAGAACUGUCUAACCUUGAGUUAGAUGAGUCUGUCCUGACUGAGUUACUGGAGCUACCCACCUGGCUGAAGUUAACUAAGGCUGUUUGUAACAGAGUUUCCAUCAAGAUUCAAUGGACGAAACUUAAAUCUCAACCAAUAUGGCUGUUGCUGGAUGAGGUGUUGCUGGAGGUGGAGACAUGUGAGACACCUCGCCCCUACAAUAGUCCUUCAGAACAGGCCUCCUACAGAUCUGGAGGGAAAUAUGGCUUCAGUGAUAAAGUGAUAGAUGGAAUGAGCGUGGCUAUCAACUCUGUGAACGUAAACUUCCGCUCAAAAACCUUUGCGGCCUCCUUGCAGUUGUCUCGGGUGCAAGUGUACAGUGUAAACCCUAACUGGCAGAAAGUCACAGAUCUGCGGACGACGCGCAUCAAGGACCUGGAAAAAGGAGAAAUCUUGGUGUUCAAGGAGGUGGACUGGCAAACCACUCGAAUUGAGGCCAACGGCAUCAACAUCUCUGACCCAUCUAUCUCCAGUACACCUCUACGACUGAUCGCCAACCAAUCAAAGAUCAGGAUAACUCUCAAGAAAAAACUUCAUGAUUGUAGUGUGGUAUCGUCUCGAGUGAUCUUUCUGUUGGAUGAUCUGUUAUGGGUUCUCACAGACACUCAGCUGAAGGCAGCCAUCCUCUACUCAAGGUCUCUACAAGAAGCUAUAGAGAAAUCUUCAGAGCAGAGCAAAAAACUAGCUGCUGAAAAACUUAAGAAACAAGGUCAUAUUGGCCCUACUGCCGAUCAACUGCGCCAUCAACUGCGACAACAACAAAGCACUCCAGCCACACCCAUUGCCCGAUUCUUCGCCAAAUAUGAUGUCAUAUCAACCUCGUAUCAUCUCAUAUCAAGCCGUAUCGACCUCCAUCUGUGUGAUGACACUGUUCCUGGCGAGAGUUAUAAGCGAGCUGUAGAAGGAGGAGCCAUGCAGAUCACACCAGAACUGUCCUUAGAUUAUUACCCAUACCACCCUGCAGAUGCCUCACUCAUUAUGUCCCGCGGUGGAGAGCGCAAGAGUUGGCACCGUUAUGCUGACAACCUGGGCUCACGCAACCAUUGGGUGCAGCAACUCUUCUCAGUGUUUAAGGAAGAUGUCCGAUUGUCAAAAGAAACUUGUUCCUUGAAAACACAGCAAAGUGUGGAUUUGCAGGCACAACAUCAAAGGCAAGGAUCUCCAUCAUUUUCUGAUGCCGAUGGCCACGGUUCUGGCAAGACUCUUCAGAAGACUGAUAGCAAAACUUUGUUAGCUCCUCCACCAGGUCAUGGACAUAGAUCCAGGGCAGAGAGCGGAGGACAGAGGGCAGAGGUGAAAGGUCACAGAGCAGAGCAAGGGGGUCAUAGGGGACACCAAGAUCAAAAACCAGAGGACAAAGGUCACAGAGUUGAACAAGGAAUUCACAAAGAGCAGCAAGGUCAUAGACCAGAAAGUGGAGGUCAAAAGUCUCAAUCUGCACCCGGUUAUGAUGAUCAGAGGAUGUACAGUGGUCGCAACCAGAAACAAACUAAACUGUUGGAAAGCUGUUUUGUGCUAAAAGUUGAGGAGUUCACAAUCUUUCAGGUGUCUAUGCCUAACAACCGAAAGGGCACGGUGAAGAAGUUUCUGUGUUCAGACAAGAAGCAGUUGCACCUACCUCCUGAGAUGUCUGUGGUACAGCUGGAGUUCACUGAAUACUUUUUCACAGAGGGCAUUGAUUACCCAGUGCCGCACCCUAACUUGUACAUCCUGAUCAACCCUGUUAGGCUGACUGUCCACUACAACACAGUGCUCUGGGCCAAUUACUUUUUCCUCAACCUGGCCAAAGGGAUUAAGCUAGAUGAAGAGGACUCAGGCGGACCUCAAACCCAUGUGGACAUUAAAAUGGAGGCUGUCAUGCCGCGGCUGAUCAUCCCUUCAGAGAAUCGCGUGGCAGGACAGCUGGAUAGGCCCGACGCCCUUCAGGCACAAGUAUCCCGAUUGACUGCCACAAACUGCCGUGUGGAAAACAAGAGUUUGAGGACAGACUUAAAAAAAUUGCUCAAUACCUUUAAUACUGCUUCUCUGUUUUCUCAGACGGAUUUUCCCAACGAUCAAAACAGCUUUGUGACCAUUCCGCAGCAAUUCUGUGAUCAUGCAGCCAAUCAGGACAACCCAUACAUUGAUCGCGCCACCAAGACACUGUUACGCGGGGAGUCUGUUGACGCAAACACACGCCUCCAUGUUGGGACUCUUCUCCAGGACAAGGCUUUUGACAUCUGGUCAGUUGCCAUGGACCAGAUAUGGGUGGAGUUCACGGGGGUUCCCAGUUCCCCAGAGCGCCCCGUCCCCUGCCUCGAGUCCAUCCCCCUGACUCUGUGGUUCUGUAAUCCCCUGGCUAUGAGGCAGGCUGGUGAGGGCCAGUCAGAAGCUAGGACACAAACCUCAGAGAGGCGUUCAGAUGACCUUCACACCAGAAGGUCACCACUGCAUAGGAAAGAGCAUGGUGAGCUGGACAGGACUCGAGCUAGUAAAAAACUGCUCCGUCAACAUUACACAGUGACGGAAGACGCGGAUUAUGUGAUUGAUCCCAUGUACCAUAGUCCUAACAGUUUGUUAGAUUUUGACGAUGACCCUGACAUUAGGAACCAUAUCAGCUGUGGAAAUAUAGGGGAUGCAACCAAAGACAGCAGUGGCCGGUCUCUCCAGUUAGCAGAUUUCUAUGUGCUGCUCAACUUUGGCGGGAAAGUACGUGCACAAAUCAACCAUUAUCAGUACUUGUUCAUGAUGCGCCUGCUGGACUCGUAUGCUGACUUCCAGAAGCGCCUCAUCAGCGACAUGGAGCAUCUAAUGCCUGGCUCAUCCUCCUCUACCACUAAGUUGUGUGCCUCCCUAGUGCUCCAGGAGGCAGAGUUGGCCAUGGUGUGCCCAGCAGUGCCCCAGCCCUCUGUCACUCCCUCCAGUCUAACAUACAGCAGCCCACUCACCAUGGUGGCUGGCCUGGCCCGUCUCGGGGAAAGCAUGGAUUCACGUCGGGGAACCGUGGAGCUUCAGGUGCCUAGCAGGGAUCUCACAGAUGAUUCUGGGUCAGCAACAAGUGCCACAGGUACUCACCAGCUAGGUACUAGUCCCUCCAGGUUGACCAGUACCUCGUCAGCAGGUCACGGCCCUGCUGGGCGUCUGGGCCCGGGUCACUCAGAGGGGAGCGCCCGCAGCAGCGACAUGGGGUCUGAGUCAGGGGGCACUUGCCCAAUGCCUCUGAGUGGAGAGUGUACAGGAAGACAGCGCCCUCCGUUCAAGAGAACCUCGUCAGCGGCUGAGGUAAAGAAGUCUCUGACGAGCGCUUGGACGGCUUUCUCUGACAAGUUAAAGUCCCGCAGUGACCUGUCUGACGACUCCUCAUCUGUGUAUUCAGAGGAUUACGACAGCAUGUCCAUCAACACCGAGAUGUCCUCUGAUGAUGAUUUCGAGUUCAUGGGCCUAGAGGAUGGUGCAGAAGCCCCGGCCUUUGAGCAUCACGGGACGAUUGGUCUGCCCCCAGAGGCACCGUCUGUCUCGGAGACCGCCAGCGUGACGACGGAAGAUAUGGCCAUGACGGGAGUGAGUCGGGAUCUGCUGCUGGCAGAGAAAGCCAAGGAACAUGUAUCUGUGGUCGUGUUCAAGCUGACGUCUACAGAAGUCUUGAUACAGAGUCUGGGGCCAGACAUCACAGUACGCAGCCAGUUUCAACAUCUCGGAGUUCAUGAAAGCGGCAACAUUGUCUACGAGGAUUUCUACAAUCGCUUUUCAACUGCUGCAGGUUAUGUGCCUGUGAGUGAGGAAUAUACUCCUCACCCCCCAAUCUGCCUGAAGUACAUGGCUGGCCCCGCGGUGGGGGAAGCUGGCUUUCUGGACCUCAGGUGUCAAGGGUUGGACCUUCAUUUCCUCAUGUCCAGUGUUGGCCACCUUACUGACCUUAUCGAGGACGAGAUCCUACCCAAACCUAUGCCCAUGAGUAUUCAGGUCAUUGACUUAGGGAUACACUUAAAGGAGGACCGACCGCCAAGUAACUUUACAAACCCAGGAACUGUGCCAGUCAAUGUACAAAUAGCCCAUCUGACAAUAACAAGGGGAGAUAAUGGCAUCUUUCAUAUAAGAGGUGAGCCGUUGCCUUGGAUAACAGCGUCUAGUCACAGCUUGGCAGUGGCAGGGGACAAGCUGACGGCAGCACUGAACCAGAUUCCAGACGUCUGCCUGAAUGAGCGAUUGUCUGGCAGAUCAAUCUCACCUAUGGACUUUCCUUUGUCAGACAAUAACUUUAAACUGCAAGUAGAGAGAUUGACACAGCAGAACCUGCAGCUUAAUGAGCAGCUUAGCGCAGCACUGACGCAGCUAACGACACUGGAGGAGCUGAAGACAGAGAACCAAACCCUACGCACACAAAUGAAGAAAAUAGCCAACCUGAAUCCUAACAAUGGCUGGCUGGAUAUGGAGAAGGGAGGUAGCUCUGUCAGCCAGUCACUUCAAGAGGAAAACAACAAUCUUAUUGAGAGAAUAUCCUACUUGGAGGAUGAACUGAAAAACUCUUUGAAGGAGAAAGAUUCUCUUGUUGCAACUUUACGACUGUUGCAGGAGGAAUUAUUGAGAUCAGAGUCAAAGAGAAGUACGGGGAAUGCGACAUCUGCUCGACAACGGUCUCCACGACGAUGAUGGUUAAAUCAACCUUAGAUACUUAAUUACCUGUAGUUUCCAAAGUGUCAAAGAUUUAUUCUGGUCAAAUAUCUUCACUUCGAAAUAGGAAAGUAUUCUUUUGUCAUACAAGUCCUGUAUGAAAUAGGUGACCCGUAUUAAAUUUAUCAUUUCUUCAAUAAGUGAAUUGAGCCAAAGUAUUGAGUCAUGGAUGAAUAUAUCAUUUAUUUUUUUAUACAUUAGGUUUUAAACACUUGCAUAUUGACCACUUAUGUGAUAUUCAUGUAUCCUUCUCAUCCUUGGUAUGUUCUGUUUUUUGAUUGGUUGCUUUGACUGCACAAAUUUUGCAAUUGGUCUUCCCUGGUUUCAUUAUAAUACUUAAGGUCUCGUUUUAACAUAAUUGGGGAGGUUGAAUUCCAUUAUUUAGAACAAUUCUGAUGCAAUAAUUUCUACUUAGGUUAUUAUGUUUUUAAUUUGUCCUUAUAUAUUUCUUUUGGCAGAUUUGAUGUAUAAUUGUACUUAUGUAUUGAAAUA